ACUAAAUCCAACACACUGGUCCUUUACCAGCAGCUUAUUGUUAUUAAAGCAGCCAAGCAGGGUGGAUAAGGGUAAAUGAAAGGGGACAAGUGGGGAGACACUUACCUAUUAUCAUUUCUGCCAUGACAACAUAACACAUAUGAUAUUUCCCUUUUUAUACUCACAAUAAGUGACAGCAAUGCUGCCCUUUCUAAUGAUGAAUGGAGAGAAAAACUACUUCACAUCAAACAUAAUCUGCAGCCUGAGCUGGUGCAUUUGAAAGUUUGUAAGUGUGACAAUUCCAUUAUUUAAAAAUAUUUAUUCAAAAAUAUUAGCAGAGUUAAAAAUCAUGAAUUUUUAGGUUUUCAGAUAUUUUUUAUUUUUUUAUUUUUUUAAGUAUAGCGUAAUUUAUAGAGUGGGAGGAAACUGGAGUACUACUUGUGAAGGAAUUUCCAUUCAUGUGCCAUGUAUGAAAUGCACCUUAGACAAGCAGACGGUGAGGGACAGACAGCUGUCUUCUUCCCUGUAAAGCCGACCUGGUUUUAUGAUUGUUGCCAUAGAGGCAGUGCCAAAGUAAACAAUUUUAUAGCAAUGUUGUAACUAGGGACAAGGUUGCCUGGACCCUGCCUGAAUAACUGAGUGUGGUUCAAUUCUUUUCCUUCAGACUUGAUGUGACAUUUCAUUGUGUCAACACCGGCACUUCGAUAUGUAACUAUUGUCUCCUUGAUCGAUCAAGUUUGUCUUUGCUUAAGACGUCUAUAUCUCCCAGAGUUUCUGCAUUUACAAGUUAACCAGUUCUCAAUAUUUUCAUUCACACUACUCCCCUUAUUCAAUUGAUGGAAAAAUAGUUGCAGUUUCUUCCAAGAGAUCAUCGCAUAAAGCUUUCUCGUGCCCAGGCCAGAAAAGCUGUGACUCUUGCUCGGGCCCUGGAAAAAGCAGGGGCAAUUCUUCUACGGGGCCUGGAAUAAGCAGCUCUAACAUAUCUAAAGAGUGUAUAAGGAGCUGAAAUGACCCAACGACCCAGAAUUACCAACAGACCCUCUUCCUCUGGCUCUAAUUCAUAGUCACUGGGAAAAAAACCUUCCAUUUCUUCGCUGGGCUCGGGAAAGAAAGUUGAAAUACUUGCUCUGUCCGUGGAAAGAACAUCUGCAUUUCCUUCUCUGGUCAUGGAAAAACCAUCUGCAAUUCUUGCUCUGGCUGUUGACAAAACAGAUGCCAUUCUUACUCUGGCUAUGGAAAAAUCAGUUACCAUUCUUGCUAUGGCCAUGUUGAAAAAAAUUACAAUUCCUGCUCCGGGCAUGGACAAAAAGGACACAAUUCUUGCUUGGGCCAUGGUGAAAAACGUUACAAUUGCUGCUCGGGCCCUGGGAAUAACAGCUGCAAUUCUUGCUCUGGCCUCAGCUGCAAUUCUUGCUUGGGCCAUGGUGAAAAACAUUACAAUUCCUGCUCGGGCCCUGGGAAUAACAGCUGCAAUUCUUGCUCGGGCCAUGGACAAAAAGGACACAAUUCUUGCUUGGGCCAUGGUGAAAAACGUUACAAUUGCUGCUCGGGCCCUGGGAAUAACAGCUGCAAUUCUUGCUCUGGCCUCAGCUGCAAUUCUUGCUCGGGUCAUGGACAAAAAGGACACAAUUCUUGCUUGGGCCAUGGUGAAAAACAUUACAAUUCCUGCUCGGGCCCUGGGAAUAACAGCUGCAAUUCUUGCUCUGGCCUCAGCUGCAAUUCUUGCUCGGGCCAUGGACAAAAAGGACACAAGUCUUGCUUGGGCCAUAGUGAAAAAAGUUACAAUUCCUGCUCGGGCCGUGGAAAUGACAGCUGCAAUGACUGCUUGGGCCCUAGGGAAAGCAAUUGCAAUUCUUGCUCUGGUUUCAGCUGCAAUUCUUGCUCGAGCAAUGGCAAAAAGCAUUGCCAUUCCAUCUCUGGUCCUGGUGAUGAGAGUUAAAAUUCCUGCACGGUCCAGGUACACAACAGCAGCUCUGGUCAUGGAAUUAACUGCUGCAAUGCUUGCUUGGGCUGUGGAAACAACUGCUGCAAUUCCUGCUGACCAUCUGCUAGCAGGUUGUGGCGUCUCUGGUUCAAGUGUUGCGGUAUCAUCCCUGUCUCCCUCAUUCACAGGGCAGAUAAAGUGAAGCAGGUAGAAGGAGAGAGGAGGAAGUGCAAGCAUAUUUCUGCCAGAAUCACUCUGGUGAACCACAGAAUAGGUGCAGUCAUGUUCUUUUUUCCUUUGCUUAGCUUCAUUACUCAGACAGUCUAAGCCUAUAGAAACGUUGCUAGCCUCCUGGUACAACAACCUGAGUUUACUGUAGCUUCGGACCUGAAAGUCUGUCUUGGCUUGUAGUACGCACUCCUCUAGAAGUGAUCCAUGGGGCACAGGUUGUGCGAGGUUAGUCCUGGAUGAAGUGGGGCAGUUAAGCCCCAGACCAGAUAUUAAGAGGCGACCAGCAGCUUUGGCGAUCCAACUACUUACUAUCGAGAUUGACAUGUUGACAGUAUUUCCUCUUUCUCUUAUCCAAGUAUGGUUGUAAAGAUUUAUACUACUCAACACAAAUGUGAAAAAUGAGUAAAUGUAUGUUUUCACAAA